UACUCUGCCUUUUCUAACUAAAUUUACCUGCAGUUGUUUUUGUUUAAUUGUUUGAUCAAUCAUCAUGAACAACAUUAAUGGAAGACAGGAUGAUCUUGCUUCGGAUAUGGUUGUGCCUGAAAGGAUAAUUGUUAUUGGAGGAGAUAAAAUGGCCUCAACCCGAGAGAUUUUACCUGAAGCUGGAUUUGAAAAUCAUCUUUUAGGUGAUAACAGAAACAAUCCAAUUGACUUACCUUCGCCCCCUUCUGUAUUAACCUAUGAGGCCUAUUCACAGCCAAAUGAUGAUUUUAGAUGGAGAAAUGAAGUUACUCCGAGACCGAAUCGAGUGAAAAUUGCUCCUAUGGCAAUGAAUGGUGAUGAUUAUACUCCUGUCAAAGACGAUUACACUCCUGCAAGAGACUCCAGAAUGAUGAGCAGUUUUGAAAGUAAUUCAACUCCAGCUGAUGCAGUUUCAGCAUUGAGACAACAAAUAAGAUCACUUAAUCGACGUAUAUCUGCCAUCGAAAGAGAGAAUCGCCAAAAAAACCAAAGAGAUAUGAUAAUCUAUUCCGUUGGCCUGGUUUACAUUGCAAUCAAAACAUUGAUGUACAUUAAGAGAAAUAUACUUUAGAUAAUGAUAUCAAUUUUAUUUCAUUUACAUAAAUCAUGUUCCAAUGUUAAAAGAUUACCUA